AUGUUCUGGGGUCAACUUACUGCAGGGUACAGCCGGCUGGUCACUAUACCAACUAUACCGUUCACUGAGACGAGUGAUACCUAUUCGCUGGCUCGACUCACCAGUAUUGUGGUCGAUGCGCGCUAUGCCAAUGCGGUAGAUAAUGACGGCGCAACCCAAAUCCCACCGACGUUGCAACAAUUCGCGGAGACUUUCCAAAAUGACCUCCAGUCCACGUUAGGGAUUGAUAUACCACUCACGUCGAGUAUGACGGCCGCACCCAAUUCAAUCUUCUUCACGCUCACCAAUGAGACCGGAUUUCAUGAUGCUGCCGGGAGAAAUACCUCGGAAGCAUACACGCUGACAAUAAACGAAGAUGGCGUGGAAAUCGCUGGAGCCAGUCCGCUUGGUGCUUGGUGGGGAUCGCGGUCAUUGAUUCAGGCGGCGGUCGUCAGUGGUCACACUCUUCCGCAGGGGUCUGCAGUUGAUGCGCCUGGGUGGACUACUAGAGGUAUCAUGGUAUGUGCCUCGCUGGCCGAACUACUCCCUCGCGUCGUUACAUACUUUAACUGA